GGCUUUUUUGACCAUGUAACCCCAAGAACUCAAAAGGCUUUUUUGACCAUGAGCACACAAGGCAUGCCCAGGGCAGAAGCCGGCUCUGUGAUGCUGCUUGUGCUUGUUCUGAAGGCUUUAUCUUGGUUCCCCACCAUGAAGACCAAAUCAUCCCUAUUUUACUGGGAGAAAUCUGACACCCAGGGUCACCUACACUAGAGGCUGGGUAGGAAGGACAGGCCUGAAGCUACACAGGUUGGAAGAGAAAGGUCUUCCCAGGCCAGGGCCAAAUGUAGGUGGGGACUGCUCUCUGCCAGGACAGCCAGCUGGACAGGAAGAGGAUGCACAUUGGGCAUGGUCCUCUUGGCACUCCCCACAAGGUCAGGGUCCACUUGGGACUGGCCAGAGAGCAAGGCUGCAGGUGCAUUGUGUGUGUGGUGCCCACGUGUGCACUCUGGGCCCCUUGCCAUGCGACAGUGAAGAGGCACUGGCCGGCUCCACCUCCCGUAAGUCUGUGCUGGGCCCAGUGGAGCCCAGUCUCCCACAGCUCCUCCCAGUGCUCCUCCCAAGGGCUUCGCAGACUCAGGCUGAGAAGAGGCCCAGGGUGCCUACAGCUGUUCCAGCCCAUUUGGUUAUGAUCUUUCCUCCCUCAUUUGCAUGAAUCUGUCCCCAGAGGGGGUACCUACAUAUCAGUCAAGGUGAGAGUACCUGGGCCAGGAGUUAGCUGAGUGGGGCAUAGUAGGAAUAGGGUUCUCACAGCUUGCAGGGAUCAGAUCCCCAACAGAGGAAAGGCCAGAUCCUCAAGGGGUCCGUCCUGCUCCUGGACAGCCUCCACCCCAAGACCCAUUUCACACCCCAGUGGUAUGGCAGAGGACUGGCUAUCUCCCAGCUGGUCUGUAGGCCUGGCCAGGCCAUCCCUGCAGCCUCCUAACUACUGACAGUGCUGCUUGAAUUGGAAGCCAGGACUCCCAGAGCUCCCCCCCAGGAUAUGGCACCUCUUGCCUCUCUCCCAGUCACUUGAGACCCCAGGGCCCUAGACACCUCCUCUCUUCUAGUCUGGCAGGUGGCUCCAGGAAUGGAGGUGAUGAGGGUCUUGGUAUAAGCAGGAUACAGGCCUCAGCUGCCUGCCAGGUCACCGUUGGCCAGAGAGCCCAGUGGUGAUGUCACGGUAAGUUCAGGAGCACAAACCUUCAAAGCCUGGAUCACGACAUUCCUGGGGGCCCUGGAGGAUUGGCAGGUGGGCGUGGUGCUGGUUUUGCUAAACAAAUCAAACAAAUCUUUUACCUCCCCCUGGGCUUUACAUCUGGGGCUCCUGUCUGGCACACCCAUUUGUCCUUGCUGGAAGUAACUGCCUACCAUGCCAGGCCUGGCUGUGCUAGGUCUCCUCCUGGCAGCUCUCCUGGGCCUGGGGACAGGGACCUCCUUGUGCCUGUCACGGCAACUCAGGAUGCAAGGAGACUACAUGCUGGGUGGGCUUUUUCCCCUGGGCUCAGCUGAGGAGGCCAGCCUCCGCCACAGGACACGGCCCAGUGGCAUUGUGUGCACCAGGUUCUCAUCCCUUGGCCUGUUCCUGGCAAUGGCCGUGAAGAUGGCUGUGGAGGAGAUCAACAACAGUUCUACCCUGCUGCCCGGGCUGCACCUGGGCUAUGACCUCUUCGACACAUGCUCAGAGCCCAUGGUCACUAUGAAGCCCAGCCUCAUGUUCCUGGCAGAGGCAGGCAAUAGCAGCAUUGCUGCCUACUGUAACUACACGCAGUACCAGCCCCGCGUGCUGGCAGUCAUCGGGCCCCAUUCGUCAGAGCUGGCCCUCAUCACGGGCAAGUUCUUCAGCUUCUUCCUCAUGCCACAGGUCAGUUACGGGGCCAGCAUGGACCGACUGAGCAACCGAGACACGUUCCCGUCCUUCUUCCGCACGGUGCCCAGUGACCGGGUGCAGCUGGAGGCUGUAGUCAAGCUGCUGCAGAAAUUUGAGUGGAACUGGGUGGCUGCCUUGGGCAGUGACGAUGAGUAUGGCCGGGAGGGCCUGAGCAUCUUCUCAGGCUUGGCCAACGCACAGAACAUCUGCAUUGCACACGAGGGCCUGGUCCCACUCCUUGGCGCCGACACCCUGAAGCUGGAUAAGGUGCUAGACGUGCUGCGCCAGGUGAACCAGAGCAACGUGCAGGUGGUGGUGCUGUUUGCUUCCUCCCGGGCUGCCCACGCCCUUUUGCACUACAGUAUCCACCACAACCUCUCGCCAAAGGUGUGGGUGGCCAGUGAGGCCUGGCUGACCUCAGACUUGGUCAUGACACUGCCUGGCAUUGCCCAGGUGGGCACUGUGCUUGGCUUUCUGCAGCGGGGUGUCCAGCUGCCCGAAUUCUCCCAGUAUGUGGAGAUGCAACUAGCGUUGGCCUCUGACCCAGCCUUCUGUGCCUCUCUGGAUGAUAAACCAGACCUGGAGGAGCACGUGGUAGGGCCACGCUGCCCCCAGUGUGACCACAUUACCCUGCGGAACCUGUCGACAGGGCUGCUGCAGAACCUGUCGGCUGGGCAGCUGCACCACCAGAUCUUCGCCACCUAUGCAGCCGUGUACAGUGUGGCUCAGGCCCUCCACAACACGCUGCAGUGCAGCCCCACGAGCUGCCCUGCACGGGAGCCUGUGCGACCCUGGCAGCUCCUGGAGAACAUGUACAACAUGAGCUUCCGUGCUCGAGGCCUGGCACUGCAGUUUGACUCCAAGGGGAACGUGGACAUGGAGUACGACCUGAAGAUGUGGGUGUGGCAGAAGCCGACACCCAGGCUGCACACUGUGGGCACCUUCAAUGGCAGCCUUUGGCUCCAGCCCUCACAGAUGCACUGGCACAUGCCAGGCAACCAGGUGCCUGCAUCCCAGUGCUCUCGGCAGUGUGAAGAGGGUCAAGUCCGCCGUGUGAAGGGCUUCCACUCCUGCUGCUACGACUGCGUGGACUGCAAGGCAGGCAACUACCGGCAGAGCCUAGAUGACUUCGUCUGUACCCCAUGUGGCCAGGACCAGUGGUCCCCAGAGCGGAGUACGCGCUGUUUUCCCCGCAGGCCCAGAUUCCUGGCAUGGGGGGAGCCAGCUGUGCUACUGCUGCUCCUGCUGCUCAGCCUGGUGCUGGGUCUGACACUGGCUGCUCUAGGUCUCUUUGCCUGCCACUGGGACAGCCCACUGGUUCAGGCCUCAGGUGGGCCACUGGCCUGUUUUGGCCUGGCUUGCCUGGGACUCGUCUGCCUCAGUGUCCUCCUGUUUCCUGGCCGGCCAGGCCCAGCCAGCUGCCUUGCCCAGCAGCCACUGGCACACCUCCCACUCACUGGCUGCCUGAGCACACUCUUCCUAAAGGCAGCAGAGACCUUUGUGGAAUCAGAACUGCCACCAAAUUGGGCGACCCGGCUGCAUGGCUGCCUGCGGGGUCCCUGGGCCUGGCUGGUGGUGCUUCUGGCCAUACUGACAGAAGCAGUGCUGUGUGCCUGGUACCUGGUGGCUUUCACACCAGAGGUGAUGACAGACUGGAGGGUGCUGCCCACCGAGGCACUGGUGCACUGCCACAUGCGCUCCUGGGUCAGCCUGGGCCUGGUGCACAUCACCAACGCCUUGCUGGCCUUCCUCUGCUUUCUGGGCACCUUCCUGGUGCAGAGCCAGCCUGGCCGCUACAACCACGCCCGUGGCCUCACCUUUGCCAUGCUAGCCUACUUCAUCACCUGGGUCUCCUUUGUGCCCCUCCUGACCAAUGUGCAGGUGGUCUACCAGCCUGCUGUGCAGAUGGGUGCCAUCCUCCUCUGUGCCCUGGGCAUCCUAGCUGCCUUCCACCUACCAAAAUGCUACCUGCUCCUGUGGUGGCCCAGGCUCAACACCCCUGAGUUCUUCCUGGGGGCAGGUCCUGGGGAUGCCAGGGACAGGGGCAGGAGUGGGAGUAGCGAGGGGCCUCAGGGAAACGAGGGACCCUUCACCCCACACCCUCAUACCUAGUGACUCCAGCCCUAGUAGAGAUACCCCCAAACCUAGCAGCCCCCCAGACUGUGCCCCCACAAAGACCCUCAAGCCCUGGAUUCUGACCCCAAGUGCCUGCAAACCUUGAGCCCACUGUGAUGCCGAGGCCUGUACCAAGUGGGAGAGGACCUGUGACCCCACCCCAGGGUAUCAGAUGCAAGCCUUGUCCUUGACUCUGCCAACCAAGGUCUGACCAGGAGGCUUGGGCCCACCAUCCUGGGAGGUGGUCCAUAGAGGGUGCCUUAAGACCUGCAGCCACACCGUGAACUCUGCAAAGCCCUUUCCAGUCACCAGUAGCCAGGUAGCAUAUUGCUCACCUGGCUGCAUCCAGCCUGGGGCCUCCACCUAGCCCCCUGCAGGUGUUAAAGGAGUGGAAGGUGGGCAUGAGCACAUGACCAGGGCAGGAUGGGAGGGCCAGCAGGGCAGAGGGCUGCUCAGGGAAGAGAGGGCCUCCUUUCUCCUUGGCCUACCCAAGCCAGCACCAUGGACAGAGCCCAGGCAGAGGUGGGGGUCAGCACCAUGGCCAGCGCUGGCCACUGGGACCCCUGAAGCCAGGAGCCAGCACCAAGGACAGAAAACUGCUGCCAGGACCCCUGCUGCCAUCCAGCACCAGGGACAGAGCCUCACAGACAGAGGAGCCGGAGGACAGCAGCUGUCCAAGACCUCGGGUCAGAGACCAGGGACAGCUCCAGGCUGGGCCCUGCAUCCUGCCGAAACCCAGCCAGUGAAGGGACAUGGCUCACACACAAGUCCCAUAAAAUUAAAUGCUUUUUAGUGUUUAAAAUAGCA